CACUCAUUCGGUAUCCGCGCACGAACCAGGCAUGCAUUUGCCCGCUCCUUCAGGGAGAAGGGUAUGAUCCGACUCUCGACAUACCUCAAAAUCUACAAGGUCGGAGAUAUCGUCGAUGUCGCAGUCAACGGUGCAGUCCAGAAGGGUAUGCCGCACAAGUACUACCACGGAAAGACCGGUAUCGUCUACAACGUCACAAAGUCAUCCGUCGGUGUCAUCUUCUACAAGGUCGUCGGUAACCGGUACCUCGAGAAGCGCGUCAACGUCCGCGUCGAGCACGUCAAGCACUCAAAGUGCCGUGAUGACUUCCUCCGUCGUGUCAAGGAGAAUGCGCAAAAGCAAAGGGAGGCCAAGAAGAAUGGCGAGACUGUUCAGCUCAAGCGUCUGCCACUUGCGCCCCGUGAGGCACGCACCAUCCAAACCGCAGAGAACCCCGUCGAGACCCUGCACGCCGUUGCUUACGAGACAUACAUCUAG